GUGAGCCCCGCGGCAGCCUGCAGUGAGCUGUGCGGGAGCAGGCCCGGGUACGGUGACCCGGUGAAGACGGCUCCUUACCAGCGAGACCUCGUCUCGCUGCCGACCGGCGGGGUCCUGGCCGAGGGGGGCCGGUGCCUCGGCGGCGCGGCCUUAAGUUUCUGGAAGGAGUGGCGACAGCAUCUUUUGCGGCCCGGUGUCAGCCGGGAAGUAGUGCAGAAAUUCAAACCCCACGUCGACAGUCGACUACGCGCGAAGGGUACCUAUGCCCAGUUCGUGUUAGACCUCCAGGCCGCCGGUUUGGUGAACCUGAGAGGCCGCCUCGACGCGACCUUGGGAGUGUUCUUCGCGUUGAAGAGUGAUGGCGUCAGGCAGAGACUGAUACUCGACACUCGAGGUAGCAACGAGUUUUUCAAUUCGCCCGAGUAUUCUCAGUUGCCCACGGAUAGACGGGCAGCCGCCGGCCUCGAGGAAGGGCCUUUCGCUGCCGCGUAUGUCGACGGGGUCGCUUUCCUCGGGACCAGCGAAAAGUGCUGCUCGGACGGAUGCGCGUCCGCCGUCGAGCUCCUGGGAUCUCGUGGUCUGGUUUGUAAAGGGAUGGUCGGGGCGUCUGAACAGCAGUCUUUCACAGGCCUCACGUUCGAACGCAGCUCUGGAAUCAUUUCGCUUUCGACCCGGCGCUUGUGGAAAAUUCGCUUGGGGCUCUUGGAGCUCUGCCGUCAGGGCUGGCGCACCGGGGUCCAGAUGCGCCGGGUCUUGGGCCAUUUAACCUGGGCCUUCUUAUUGAAACGUGAGCUUUUGUGUAUCCUCAGCAGCGCUUUCCGUUUUUGUGAAAUGGCCGGGGAGCAGCGGUGGCGUCUCUGGAGUUGUGUGACUCGGGAGCUGCGGAUCGCGGCAGCACUUCUGCCGUUCGCCGCUGUCGACACCAAGAGGCCGUUCGACCCGUGGGUGAUGGCCUCCGACGCUUCCGGGGCCACCGAGUUCGACUUCGGGGGUUUCGGCGUCUGCGAGCGGGCUUGGGGCUCGGAGGCAGUUCGAGCCGUGGCCAGCCGUGCGGAGAAGUGGAGGUACUGCGUCGAGGAUGCCAUCUGCGCCCGGGAGCAGAGUCUCGGGCUGGCCCCUCAGGGCCCCUCCAAGCCUCGAGUUUCCCAAGUGAGAGCCCGCCGUGGGGUCACCGACUUCUUCCACAUCGAUGGGGAGCAGAUCGGGGAUUUCGACACCUGGUCCACCGUUUUGUUCGGCCGGUUCGCCUCGUCGGAGAAUAUCAUGCGGGCGGAGGGGCGGGCCCUGGCGAUGGGGGCCCGACACAAGCGCGACCCACGCGGGCCAGCGUUCCGCGAUGCUCCGGCGGCCUGGGCCAGGCCUGGAGGCACGGCCGGCGCGAGCCCUUCGGCCGGCACUGCUUUCGAUCGUGAGCUCGAGCGGACCAUCGUGCAGCGAGCCCGCGGACAGCUUGCAGCUCCGCUCGGGCUUUGUGGGCUCGGCGACGGCCUCGAUCCCGAGGCCCGCCCCGCUGGCCUGGCGCGGUGCGACGUCGAGCCCGUCAGCGACUGCGCCUCCAGGGCGGCAGCAGAGGGUCUGACGUUCUUGCAGACCUCUCGAGCGGGGCACGGGACACAGCUGCAGCACCAGCGAGCCUACACCGACUUCCUGGACUGGAGCCGGGGGGAGAAGCUGAGGCUCAGCACCGUGGUCGACUUAGACAGGGCCCUCGCCAGCUAUCUGGAUCACCUGUUCUUCGACGGUUGGAAUCGGGACCAGGGCGAGAAGACCUUGGCGGCUGUCCUUUUCUUUCACCCGAGUCAGGGCUUGAAGCGGCCGGGGGCCCUGGAGGGCAGCCGAGCCGCACUCAAGGGUUUCAAGAAGAUGGCUCCUGGCAAGACCCGCAGACCGCUUCCCAAGCAGGGGGUCUUCGCGAUCAUCGGGGCCGGCGUGUUCUGCGGCUUGCUCGACUUCUGCCUCGGCCUCCUCGUCGCUUGGGACGCGUACCUCAGGUUGCCCAGCGACCUGAUUGGCAUGGUGGGUGGGUCCCUGGUGGCGCCAGCUCGGCGGAGCCGGAUCAACAGGUGGGCCAUCCUGCUGUUCCCCGAGGAGCUGCCCGAUCGGAGCAAGACGGGCCACUUCGACGAGGGGAUGGUGCUAGAGUCGGACGCCGCGCAGAGCGUGAGCUUCGCCCUGAAGGCCCUGAAGUCGCGGAGCCAGGCGGACAAGCCUCUGUGGCCGUUCUCCGGCCCAAGGUUCCGCCAGGACUUCGCCGCGUGCGCCAGCCUGGCGGGGCUCGAGGACGUGCACCCGUACCAGGUCCGCCACGGGGCCGCCUCCCACGACGCGUUGUUCAAAGUGAGGGAGUUCGGAGCCGUCCAGGAGCGGCUCAGGCACCUGAGCGAGUCCAGCACACGGCGGUACCGCAAGGGGACCCGCUACCUGGCCGAGUGCGAGAAGCUGUCCCCCGAGAUCAAGGCGUUCGGCGAGUGGGUCGAGGCCAACCUCGCCGGCCUCUUCUCCGGGCGGCUGCGCUGCCAA